AUGAUCGCAGCUGAAAGAGAACCCAUCGCCAUUGUCGGCAUGGCCUUCCGGUUUCCAGGAGGGAGCUCCUCACCUUCCAAGCUCUGGGACUUGCUCAAGGCACCGCGCGACGUUCUGAAAUCGUUUCCUUCAGAUCGUCUCAACCUGAGCAGGUUUCAUGAUGUGGAUGGACUCAUGCAUGGAUCUACAAAUGUCACCAACGCGAGUUACAUUCUUGAUGAAGAUCCCAAAGCGUUCGAUGCAAACUUGUUCAGUAUAAGUCCUCUGGAAGCGGRGAGUAUGGAUCCUCAGCAACGUAUGCUUUUAGAGGUCGUCUACGAGGCCAUGGAAGCUGGCGGAUGUUCUCUUGACCUGAUGUCAGGUUCUUUGACCUCCGUUCAUGUGGGCGUCAUGAAUGCCGAUUACACGGAUAUCCAGAACCGAGACACCGAGACCAUUUCAAAGUACAACGCUACUGGAACCGCCAGGAGUGUUCUAUCAAACCGCAUAUCGUACGUGUUUGAUUUCCGGGGCCCUUCAAUUACUACCGAUACCGCAUGCUCGAGCUCUUUGGUUGCGCUUCACCAAGCUGUUCAGUGCCUGCAUCUAGGUGACUGCGACAGCGCUAUAGUAGGUGGUGUUAACCUCAUCCUGGACCCGGCAAUGUACAUUACUGAAUCGAAGCUGUCUAUGCUUUCUCCUGAGUCUCGUUCCCGCAUGUGGGAUCAGGCGGCUAAUGGGUACGCCCGGGGUGAAGGCGUUGCAGCGCUGGUCCUCAAGCCUCUAAGCAAAGCAAUAAAGGACGGCGAUUCCAUCGAGGCAAUCGUGCGGGGCACUGGAGUCAAUUCGGACGGACGUAGCCCGGGUAUCACCAUGCCUACUGCAGUGGCUCAGACUGCGCUCAUCCGACAAACUUAUGAAAAAGCUGGUCUGGAUCCAAUUUUAGAUCGGUGCCAGUUCUUUGAGUGUCACGGCACGGGUACCAAAGCUGGGGAUCCAGUGGAAGCUCAGGCUGUUAGUGAUGCUCUAAUUCCACCUCAGGACAUGCAUCAGACGACUCCGUUGUACGUGGGAUCCAUCAAGACGAUCAUAGGACACACAGAAGGAUGCGCUGGUCUUGCUGGUGUUAUCAAGGCUGUUCUGGCCAUCAAGCACCAGACCAUUCCACCAAAUCUAAUGUUCAAAGAUUUGGAUACCGCCGUGCGGCCUGUUUACGGGCCAAUGAAGAUUCCUACGACUGCUGUACCAUGGCCUGAACUCACUCCAGGCCAGCCGAAGCGAGCCUCUGUGAAUUCGUUUGGUUUUGGCGGGACCAAUGCGCACGCAAUCAUUGACGAAUACUUGCCGAUCCGCGAAGUUACCCGCAGGUCUUCACAUAUCACGGGUCCAUUGGUCAUAUCAGCGCACUCUGGGGCCGCGUUGCUGAGCAAAGUGCGCAGUCUACACCAAUACUUGGAAGACAAUCCGAGCAUCAACCUAUCAGAUCUGAGCUGGACCCUUCAGACCAGGCGCACGACACACAAGAUCAAGACUCAUUUCAGUGAAAGUACUCGCGAGAUGUUGUUGAAUAGCAUGCUAGAAUUUACGGCGCAGUCGAGUAAGCUUGCACCAACGGACAUUGGAUUCCAGCCCCAACUUAUCGACCGCAGCGAGAUUCCGGGGGUGUUGGGCGUUUUCACAGGACAGGGAGCUCAGUGGGCCACUAUGGGACGUGRACUGCUUUCUGGUAUUUCCCUGUUUCGCGAAGUGUUCGAUCGCUGCGAAGCCGUACUGACUGCUUUGCCGGAUGGUCCCACUUGGUCCUUACGCAAGGAAUUGGAGGCGGAAGGGACCACUUCACGUGUCUCGGAAGCUGCUAUCAGUCAACCGAUUUGUACAGCUGUACAGAUCGCCCUGGUAGAUGUCSUGAAAAGGGCUGGAUUACACUUCGACGCCGUGGUCGGCCACUCCUCAGGUGAAAUUGCUGCUGCGUACACGGCCGGUAUCUUGUCGCUUUCGGGGUCGAUGCAGAUUGCGUWUUAUCGGGGCAAAUAUGCGCAUCUCGCGUCAGGGACGGAUGGCCAAGCCGGUGGCAUGAUUGCUACUGGACUUCCCUACGAUGAAGCUGUGGCCUUGUGUGACGGAGACGAAUUUUCAGGACGUCUGACCGUCGCGGCCAGCAACUCACCUACCAGUGUGACGCUCUCGGGGGAUGUGGACGCCAUCGCAGAUGUCAAAAAGUACUUGGAAACACGGGACAUCUUCGCUCGGGCUUUGCGAGUUGACACAGCUUACCACUCGCACCACAUGAAGAAGUGUGCAUCCGCAUAUCUCCGCUCCCUACUACAAUGCAACAUCGAGGUAUCGAAACCCCAUCCUGAUUGUAUAUGGAGCUCAAGUGUCCGCGGCGACACAAAGCUCCUGCGUGGUGAUCUUUCACUCCUGAAAGGACAGUACUGGGUACAGAACAUGGAACAGACAGUCCUUUUCAAUCAAGCAAUCGAGUCGGCAAUUGUCAACGGCGGGCCAUUCGACAUCGCUGUUGAGAUUGGGCCGCACCCAGCACUGAAGAGCCCUGCGGAAGAAACUUUCAAGUCCAGCUUUGGCACGGCACCCUUGUAUAUCGGAACGUUGAAGCGAAGUUCUCCGGAUGUUGAUGCACUGGCUGCGACUCUUGGAAACUAUUGGUCCGUCAUGGGGUCGGCAUCGGUCGACUUCGCUGGGUAUCGUCAGGCAUGCCUGGGGGACAAGUAUGAGUCGCCCAAGACUGUGACUGAUCUUCCUGCGUACCCAUUUGAUCGGACGCAAACCUUUUGGCGGGAAUCACGCAUUUCCGAAAACUACCGAUUGGGUCAAGAUGAGCCACGCGAACUGUUGGGUCGCCGCAUGCCAGACGAUUCCACCAUUGCUUCCCGAUGGCGUAACAUACUCACUUUGGACGAACUCCCCUGGCUUGCGGGGCACGAGAUCCUGGGUGAGGUGCUCAUGCCCGGCGCAGGAUACAUCUCGAUCGCAUUAGAAGCUGCAAAGCAGCUUGCUGGUGGACGCCCGACAAGUUUGUUGGAGAUACAAGACGUUUCUAUUCUUCAUCCGGUCGUGGUACCAGGCCAACAAGAAAGGGUUGAGACCAUUUUUACUGCACGACGAUUGAGCUCCAGAGAUGAUGAAACCAUUGAAGCAGAAUUUGAUUACUGUUAUUGGCCCGCUACUUUCAACGCUGCCGCGGUUCUCGUCUGUACUGGCAAGAUACUCGUGCAUCUCGGUCAGCCAGCGCCAGAGCAUCUGCCCCCUCGAAGUGCGAUGCUGGGGGAUCUCUUGGAUGUGCCUGUUAGCCAGGCAUACAGCUCCCUUCAAUCAAUCGGCUUGAAUUAUCAGGGGAUCUUCAAGGGAAUGACACAGAUCCGGCGGAGAACCAACACCGCCCAAAUCCACGCGCAGUGGUCUGCCACCGAUCUGGGCGGUAAAUACAUUGUGCAUCCAGCGCUACUGGAUGUAGUCUUCCAGUCAAAUUUUGUCGCAAAGGCGUAUCCUGCCCAGGGACUGAUGGAUGCUGCUUUUCUACCCGUCAGCAUUUCUCGUGUAUCAGUAAACCCAUGCGUGUGCCCCACAGGCGGAGAUCGCGAUGUAGCGGUGGAUGUUGACUCCUACGUCACCCAUACUGACGCUUCCUCGAUGUCGGGAGAUAUGCAUGUCUACACAGGAGGAGAAAAUCCUUUCAUUGAGAUUGAAGGACUUGUGCUCAAGAUUGCCGCUGAGCCUCUGGAAUCGGACGACGUGCAGAUUUUCUGUGAGACUGUGUGGAAGCCGGACACUUCACUGGUACUGCCGGAUCCUGAACGUGACGAGGAUCACGACCUGGAGCAAAUGGCUCUUGCCGAAACAAUCGAUCGCGUUGCCUUUUUCUAUCUGAGACAGGUUCUGAACGAAACAGAGAACACCGACAUCUCGAAAUGCCAGGAGCACCACCAACGCAUGCUGGAAUCAUUUCGGCUCAUUUUGAGACAGGUCAAGUCCGGGCAGCAUCGACUCUUGAAACCAGAGUGGCUACAAGACGAUGUUGAGACUCUGCGCACACUCUGCCUCGCCUUUCCCAAUCAAAUUGAUCUGGAGUUGAUUCAUGCAAUCGGCGCCAAUCUAGCCUCUGUUGUUACUGAUGAGACAUCGCUCUUGGAGGUCAUGUUAGCCAAUGACAUGCUCAGCCGGCUGUACAUUGAGGGAUGCGGAUUUGUAACCAUCAACCAAGAGAUUGGAAACCUGUUGCAGCAGAUCACUCAUAAGUUCCCCCGUGCCAACAUCCUUGAAGUGGGAGCAGGAACCGGAGGAACGACCCAGGGAAUUCUACAGUCCAUUGGACCCGCCUAUCAAUCGUACACCUUUACGGACAUUUCUGCUGGCUUUUUCGAAGCUGCCAAACUUCGUCUGCAUGCAGAUGAAAAGCGUAUAACUUUCAGGGCACUUGACAUCGAAAAACCUGUGAGUCCGCAAGGUUUCGAAGAAGAAAGCUACGAUAUCAUCAUUGCCGUCAAUGUCCUUCAUGCCACUCGCGACUUGACAGCCACGCUACAGCACGUCAGAUCUCUACUCAAGCCGGGCGGCUAUCUGAUUCUGGGGGAAAUCACCAAUACGGACGUGCUGCGCUACUCCUUUAUCAUGGGCGGGCUACCUGGAUGGUGGCUAGGGGGAGACGACUCGCGUCGCUUCCAUCCUUGUAUUCCAGCAGUACAAUGGGAUCAACUACUCCUGGAUACUGGAYUCUCUGGUCUGGAUCUGGCAUUUUCCGAUCUGGAAGAUGAGAACAAACACUGCAACUCUCUCCUGGUUAGUCGAUCGCUAAGCCCAAGCUACGAGAGACUCCGAGAUCCUAUUCCUACUUUAGAGACGAUCGAUGUCGAUACACCUCUCCUGUUAAUCGGCGGUUCAACGCUACAAGUUGCGAAAAUCAGGACGGAGAUUCGCAGGCUCCUUCCCUCUAACUGGCUGGAACAAACUCAGAGCAUCGACUCAAUUGACGAUCUAGUUGAUACCCAGAUAAAAGCAGGCACUGGCGUCAUUUUCCUGCAGGAACUCGACUGUCCAAUGUUCUCCAAGCCCGUCACUUCGCACCAGUGGAUCUCUUUGCAGAGCCUACUUGCAAAUGCAAGUCGAGUGCUUUGGAUCAUCAAGAAUCAUCGAUCAGGCAGUCCUGAGUCGGGCAUGUUUCUUGGGAUUGCUCGUUCGCUUGAGCAGGAGAUGCCGCACCUCAAGACACAAGUCUUGGACUUUGAGACAAAGGAAAGUCCAGCUAGCUUGGCGCGGACAGCAGUCGAGGCUUUUGCUCGUCUCGCUCUCCAUCAGCCUGCGAACGUCUUGUGGACAGUCGAGCCUGAGGUUGUCAUGGCCAACGGAGCGGCUCUUGUGCCUCGAAUUAUGCCCAUCAAGUCUAUGAAUGAUCGAUACAACUCUACAAAACGAGAACUGGUACGAUCCGACAUGCCUAUUGCCGACACAAUUGAGCUACGAUUCACCAAAAGAGGACUAGCAUUGGUGGAGGUGCAGCAGAGUCGAACGCCAGUCACUGAUGAUCAUGCUCAAAUGAUUGUGAUGUACUCUCUAUCCAUCCCUAGUACGGAGGAAUCGCUGUACCUGUCACUCGGCCGUGUUGCCGAUUCAGAUGUCCAUUUCCUGGCACUCUCAUCCCGAAAUCGAUCUCAUCUCCGGAAACCACACAAUGAGCUUGUCCAAAUGCCAGCUGUGGAAUGCACGCCAGCCGCGCUUCUUGCCUUCAGGUCAUGUCUGAUUGCCAUUACGCUGUCAGCAGUUGUCCGUUCAACGUCGAUCACAUUGGUUCACAAUGCGGACCGACCGCUGGCACUGGCAAUUUCGCGCAAAAUGGGAAGCCAAGUCAUUUUCUCUACCUCGAAUACCGAUGUACCUCCAGAAUGGCUCUAUGUACACCCCAGAGCAUCGGCACGCGCGAUCAAGCAAAUCCUCCCUCCCAAUGUCGGCGAUGUCUUGGAUUGCUCUGAGCCAAGUUCGCGAGCCUCAAACCUAGUCACAGUCUUAUCAGCGGCUCGACAAUGGCUUCCGAAUGGGGAUCUUGUGCGAGAAGGGACUUCAACACUUGGAAUCGCCGAGGCACUCGGACAGGCGCUCAACUUGAUGAGCCACUUCUCAUCGGGCGACAAUGUCUCGGAAUUGGUGCCUUGCGAGGUUGAAAUCCAGAAUGUAGCAAAGCUUACGGGAUCGGAGCCUUCGAGAUCUCAAAUAAUGGACUGGACCAUGGUCGAUUCCACAGCAUCCCUGACGAUUCUACCACUCCAGGCCAAGAAUUUAUUCAGACCUGAUCGUACAUACCUCAUGGUGGGGUUGACCGGUGCGUUGGGGGUGUCACUUUGUAACUGGGCUGUCGACAAUGGCGCCAGGAAUCUUGUAAUCACAAGCCGUACGCCGAAAGUUGACUCUGAAUGGCUAGCUGCUUGUCGCAAACGGGGUGCCGCCUUACACGUCUGGCCAAUGGAUGUUGCAGACGAGACAUCCGUGAGGGCCACCAUCGCCCGAAUCUCCAAAGAGCUACCACCACUUGCCGGUGUCUGCAACGGAGCAAUGACUUUGGCUGACAAACUUUUCGUCGAUAUGCGCCAUGAUGAGCUGAACAUGGUCCUGGAGCCCAAGUUCAAGGGCUCUCAAACGCUUGAUAAAGUCCUGGGGAGCUAUCCACUGGAUUUUUUCAUCCUACUCUCCUCCUGUGCAAUGCUCAUCGGCAAUCCGGGACAGUCGAAUUAUCACGCGGCCAACUUAUACAUGGCUGGUCUGGCAGCACGUAGACGCAGCCGAGGUCUGAACGCGUCUGUCAUUCACUUGGGUUACAUCGCGGACGUUGGAUAUGUUACCCGCCAGGAUCAUCGUAUGCGGGAACGACUGGAAAAGCUAUUGUUCCGACCUUUGUCUGAAGCUGAUAUCCACAACGCCUUUGCCGAAGCAAUGCAUGCCGGUCACACAGAUUCCGUGGUAUUCGACUUCGCCAUGGGGAUGGGCCCUGCGAAGGAGCACGUUGCUCAUGAGGUGCAGCCCUACUAUUUCCACAAUCCCCGUUUCAGUCAUUUCAAUCCCCCACCGGGAAGCUCCAAAAGAGACGCAGUUCAAAUAUCCAACAGUCUCGGUUCGUUGGUCAGGGAAGCAACCAGCGAACAGGAUGCAAUCCACUGCGUCCAGACAGCCUUCUGCGCAAAAGUGGAAGCAAUACUCCAGCUUGCAGUGGGGAGCAUCCAGCCACAACAGUCAUUGAUGGAUGCUGGGAUUGACUCUCUAGUUGCUGUCGAGAUUCGCAACUGGUUCAUGAAAGAACUCGGCGUAAAGAUUCCUGUGGUGAAGAUUUUGGGCGGGAGCAGUGUUGAAGAGCUUUGCAAUAAUGCUGCAAAGAAGAUGCUCUCAAUGCUUCUCGAGACUACAGACCAAGUUCCGCAACCAAUCCAAGCAGAUGAGCAGGCAGCACCUAAAUCAGUGGCGGCUGAUGAGUCUACCGAGCUGGGAACACUGGACUUGAACGGCGAUAUCAGCGCCAGUGAGACAGACUAUACACCUGAGAGUGGGUCCGAAGUCGAUCACGCUGCCACACAAGACAGUGGGAGCAAUACUGGAAGCUUGAGCACUUAUGAAGAUUCACUCACUGAUCUCACUCCUGGACCAAAACAUCAGCUGCAGUCCCCUGAAAUCACACGAGAAGGACCAAUCUCUUUGGCUCAAUCACGAGUGUGGUUCCUAUCAGAGAAUUCCGAACGMUCUUCAGACUGCAACCUGACAUUCAUCUAUGAUGUUGAGGGGCCUUUGCAGGUGCAUCGCUUACAACACGCACUGGACUUGGUCAUGACUCACCACGAUGCUCUUCGAAGCUGUUUCUUCAUGCGUCCGGGUGACAAUCAACUCAAUCAAGGCGUCAUGUCAUCGCCACGUCACCUGUUCACGCAAGUAAGAAAUGGAACCGCAGAUGACGUUCUCCGCGCUUCCGACAGACUCAGGUCCCACGCCUGGGAUCUUCCAAAUGGUCAGAUGCUGGGCAUGGCGGUUGUUUCCAAGAACUCAUCGCAGCAUACGAUCGUCCUGGGUUAUCACCACAUUAUCAUGGACGCAUACAGCCUCGGAAUUUUCCUUCGAGACCUGAACUUGGCCUACGCGACUGGCUCGCUCCAGCAAAAGCCAGCGGCAUAUCUGGACUUCGCCAAAGCAGAACACUCUUUGACCAACAUUGGCUACGAAAACGAAGACCAAGCCGAAAAAAUCGAGUUCUGGAAGAACGAAUUCGCUACCAUUCCUGAUCCUCUACCGAUUCUCCCAAUGAGCCGAGUACUGACCAGACCUGUUGCUAUCCGGAACAAGAAUGUGUGUCUCCGCAAGCACAUUGACAAGUUGGAAUGGGCCGGCAUCUUGAAAGCUUCUCGAGCGUUGAAAGUGACUCCUUUCCACUUUCAUCUUGCUACAUUCCAAGUACUGCUCGCUCGGUACGCGAAUAUUGAAGACUUCAGCGUUGGUAUUGCGGAUGCAAAUCGGCUCGACGACCGCUAUUCCGAGACUAUUGGCUUUUUCAUGAACCUAUUGCCCAUGCGAUGUAAGGUUCCUAAAGGCGCUGAGUUUGCACAACUCGCCCGCAACACUUCUCGGAAAGCUCUCGAGGUAUUGCUCCAUUCCGGAAUUUCUUUUGACAAGAUAAUGGAGGUCACGAAAGCCCCCAGAUCACCGAGCUACUCACCCAUGUUCCAAGCUUCCAUCAACUAUCGCAUGGGUGCCAUUAGCGACGUGCCUCUUGGCGACUGUGCGAUGAAACUAUCCGACGGCCAGGACGCUGAGAAUCCAUUUGACAUUAGCCUUGGAAUUCUAGAGUCCAAAGAUGGAUCAGCAACGACUGAKAUCAUAUGCAACGCAGAUUUGUUCGAUCCAGAGGCAGUCUCCACGCUCAUGGACUCGUACUUGCGUCUGCUGCGUGGAUUUACAGCCGAUCCGAAUCUCUCCACGGAUUGCGUCGAGAUGCAUCAUCCAGACGCCGUACAGUACGCACUGGCGAUGGGCAGGGGACCUCGCGUUUCUCUGAGCACUACUAUACCUGCUCCAAUAUGGGCGCAGUUCUGCGUCGCCGCGAAAUCCCACGCCAUCGAACCGGCGAUCUGCCACCGAGAAAAGAUUGUGUCAUAUUCGGCUCUCCAAGUCCGGGCUCGAUCCAUUGCUACGUCUCUCGUUGGUGCUGGGUGUUUAGCUGGGUCUUAUGUUGCAGUACUGUGUGAACCUUCGACCGACUUUGUGGCAUCCAUGCUGGCCAUCUUCCACCUCGGGGCCAUCUAUUGCCCGCUUGACAUCAGCCUUCCUUCUGCUCGACACGAAGCCAUGGCCCAAUCUUGCCGACCUGUCGCUAUUCUCUAUGACCGGGCCACAUCAGCUAGAGCACUCGAUCUGAGCUCUUCAUUGGUGGCGGAUGAUGACAAAUUACCAGGCAUCUGCGUGGAUGACUGCAAUACAUAUCAGGCCACAGCUCAAUGCAAGCAAGAUCCCGACUCUCCUGCCAUAUUGCUGUUCACCAGUGGCUCUACGGGACGACCAAAGGGCAUCAAAUUGACGCAGAACAACAUCAUGAAUCAUAUCUCUGUUAAGACCCGGAUUCUACAAUUGCAGCGGGAACGGGUGUUGCAGCAAAGUUCCAUGAGUUUCGACAUGUCGAUGAUCCAGAUUCUAUCGGCCCUCCUGAAUGGUGGCACAGUUGUUAUCGCACCCUCAGAACACCGACGUGACCCAGUCGAAAUCACGCAACUGAUUCGACGGCAAAAGGUUACAAUGACGAUUGCUACUCCUUCGGAAUACAAGGUGUGGCUAAACCACGAUGCGAAUUUGCAUGUUGGACUUCGUGAUUCAGCCUGGCGAAUCGGCUGCCUUGGUGGCGAAGCGGUCUCUGAGCAACUGUUGCGAGACUUCGCCUUGCUUGGCCUUCCAAGCCUUCAAUUGACAAAUUGUUAUGGUCCAACUGAGAUAACCGCGGCGGCAACCUUCAAAUCGAUCAAUCUUGAUGAUCACGCCGGCGAUCAAAUUUCGGAGCGUGCCUCGUCAGUUGGAAAGGCACUGCCAAACUACUCGAUCAGCAUCGUCGAUGCCGACGGCAAGCCCCUGCCCCUUGGUAUGCGCGGAGAGAUCUGUGUCGGGGGCGCCGGAGUAGCUCUUGGGUACUGCGAUAAUGUAAUGCAGACAACGCGGCAAUUCAUUCCGGACCCAUCGAAUUCGRCUGGCUGGCCAUUUCCACGGAUGUAUCGUACCGGCGAUCAAGGCAGAAUCCUACCAGACGGCGCCCUACAAUUUGUCGGGCGGCUUGAUGGCAGCACGCAGAUUAAGUUCCAUGGAGUACGUAUGGAGUUGGAAGAGAUUGAAGGUACCAUGCUUGCGAACUCUGACGGCAAACUCUCUGCGGUCGUUGUGACGCUGCGGCAAGAAGCGCUCAUUGCUCAUGCCACACUAACAGCAAGUGUUGGGGCGAUGAAUGAUGAGGACAUUCAGGUUCUGCGGACAWCUUCCGCCCGUACCUUGCCUGGUUAUAUGUGUCCAGCUGCAUUGAUUCUUGUGGACAUGYUACCACUAACUUCUGCCGGCAAGAUUGACCGGGGUGUGGUGUCUGCGCUUCCCAUACCUAAGCAUACCCACCAGCAGCACAACGACAGUGACUGUGGAAUAAGCGCUUCCAGUAGGCUGACGCUGCGCGAAGGCGAGCUGCGACUACUCUGGGAGAGGGUGUUGUCAGGUCCAGACCGAUCGAUUCGCUCAGAUUCCGAUUUUUUCAACAUAGGCGGCAAUUCASUCUCCCUGAUGCGGCUCCAAGGAGCGAUCAAAGAAUCUAUUGGGGUUUCGGUAUCGACUCGCGAUCUCUAUCAAUCGAGCAGCCUGCGAGACAUGGCCAAGUGCAUCUCGCUUGAACAGGAGCAUCACCAGCUUGAAGAGGGGAACAACACCAUUAUCUGGGACGAGGAAACAAGGAUCCCUCCCUCGGUUCAAAACAUCAUGGACCGUCUUGGACAUCAGACUGGCCGUAGAGACAGACCCCGUGAGACGAAUCCCAUCAAUGUCCUGCUUACGGGCUCAACCAGUUUCCUUGGCGGAAAGAUUCUGGAAGCUUUGAACAGACUGGUCGGAUCACGCAUCGGCAAGAUAUACUGCAUCGCUGUUCUCCCCGAUGACAAGAUGACCAUUCCGGCAUCUUCUUCCGUCGUGUACUACACUGGUAGUUUGGUUCAAGAACGUCUCGGUCUGAGGUCCACGGAGUAUGCUUACCUUACAUCCACAGUCGAUCUCAUCAUUCAUGCGGGAGCAAAUGGACAUUGCUUGAACAACUACCAAUCGCUCAAGAUCCCAAACCUGGACUCUACACAUCAAUURGUCAGCAUGGCUCUCCCUCGGUCUAUCCCCUUGCUGUAUGUUUCCUCCAACCGCGUUACCUUACUGCAGGAGGACACGAACGCACUGCUCCCGGUUUCGGUUCGACAUGACUCUCCUCCCACGGAUGGCAGUCAAGGAUACACAGCAACAAAGUGGGCUAGUGAGGUCUUCCUAGAGAGACUGUCCGAGACAGCUCCUGGCCGUUCGAUUCCGAUCCUCAUCAGUCGGCCAUGCGUGGUCGUAGGCGACGAAGCACCUAAUUCAGAUGCUCUGAACGCCAUCCUACGUUAUUCACGGCUCAUGCAGACCGUCCCUGUUUUCGAAAACGUCCAAGGCUUUCUCGACUUCAAAAAAGUUGAGACUGUGGCUCACGAGAUCGCAGAGGACGCUCUUUCUCUCUUGCACGCCCCAGGAGGAGUUCGGAUCCAUCAUCAUUCUGGUGGCGUUCGCGUUCCGAUGGAACAACUUGCGAUGCACAUGGAAGCGCUCUACGCCGUCAAGUUUGAGAAAUGCUCUCUAUCGGAAUGGAUUAUCAAGGCGCUUCGAAUCGGGAUUGAUCCGUUGAUCACUGCUUAUCUUGAAGCGAUGGUGGAGCGAGGCGAGGUUUUGCGAUUUCCGUUCAUGGGCGAGUCGGUCUGA